CCUUGACUCUCCUCUGCUCAAUUGGAAACGAAUCCGGCACAGUGGCGUCUGAUUGUCUCCGCAGCUAUCAAAAGCGCGAGGUAACAGGGACCUGGCAAUGAUCUCACUGGAGCUGAAUUUCAAUGUUUUGACAAGAGACCUGUCACAUUACCUGGAAAAUCAAGUAAAAGUUGGCCUUUUCGGUUCUGGAGUUGGAUUGUCACUGGUGCUCGGCUUCAGCGCAGCGUAUGCCUGCUACUACUUGAUAUCAGUAGCAAAGAAGCCAAAGCUGGUUGUUGGUGGCGAAAAGUUCUACAGAUUCCUGAAGGAGCAAUGUCCUGUGGUGUCGGAGACAUACUACCCCACCUUCUGGUGCUGGGAGAGCCGGGUUCAGACGUUGCUUAGACCCUUUGUAACAGCAAAACCUGGUGUCACCUAUCGGAAUGAGCUUCUCAGGGCUCCAGAUGGAGGCCAGAUUUCUUUGGAUUGGGUUGAUAACGACGAUAGCCCCUCUUAUCCCGACACCGCCACACGGCCCACCGUCCUGCUGCUUCCCGGCCUCACCGGCACCAGCCGAGAGUCCUACAUCCUGCACAUGGUCCAACAGAGUCGGGACCUGGGCUAUAGAUGUGUGGUGUUCAACAACAGAGGAGUGUCUGGAGAGAAGCUCUUGACCCCAAGAACGUACUGUGCCGCCAAUACUGAGGACCUGGAGAUGGUGAUCGAUCACCUCCACAGACUGAAUGAGAACGCACCCAUCCUGGCUGCUGGGGUGUCAAUGGGAGGGAUGAUGUUGGCGAACUACUUGGGUCGUAAGGGCAGAGAGACGUGUUUGGCGGGGGUGGUGGUCUUCUCAGCUGGCUGGGACGUGUUCGAGUGCACCGCUUCACUAGAAAAGCCCCUGGACCGGUUCCUCUUCAACUCCUACCUCACCAGUUGCCUGCAGGCCUCUGUGGAUCGCCACCGACCUGUCUUUGAGAAGCUUUAUGACAUUGACCAUGUAAUGAAGGCCAAGACCAUAAGACAGUUUGAUGAGCGGUUCACCUCAAUAAUGUUUGGCUACCCGACCAAUGACGACUACUACCGAGACGCCAGUCCCAUCCACAGGCUGAAGUCAGUGCAGGUGCCAAUGCUGUGUCUGAAUGCAGCUGACGAUGUCUUCUCCCCAAACCAUGCCAUUCCAGUGGAGGCGGUGAAGCAGAACCCCAACCUGGCGAUGCUGAUCACCUGUCACGGUGGCCAUAUUGGCUUUCUCGAGGGCAUGUGGCCUCGCCAGAGCACCUACAUGGACCGCGUGUUCCGGCAGUUCGCCAAGGCCGUGGUGGAGCACGGCGGCAAGCUGACAGAGCGCUAACAUUGUACCUAUCCCCCAUCCCCACCCCCAUCCC